CCAUCGCUCUCGUCUCGCGCGUCCCUGUCUGCAGGAAUCCACUUCGAUUCAAGCCACACCCCACCCCGCAAUGCUGCUGCUGCUGCUGCUGCUGCAUAAAAGCAACUCUUCCUUCCCUUCCCCGUCCGUCGCGCUAUCUCCUUCCCAGUUCCUCACCCUCAUCGCACCACAGCUCCAAGCAGCUUGGACCAAGCUCUAGAAGAGAGGAAAUUCAGAAGCGAGAGUCGCAGUUAUCAGUCACAGCAGCUGUGCUGUGGGCUGUGGCCAUGCUCAGCUUCUGCUCCCCUUCGAUAAGCCGCCGGAUUCCAUUUCCAAGCUCUGCAAACGAACGAACAAGGAGGCAAUCAAAGCGUGCACUCUGACUGAAUCGAACACAAACUGAUUGCCCGCUCAUCGAUGCUUGUGGUGCUGAUCUGAGCGAUGAACCAGUUCGUCCCUGAUUGGAGCAACAUGGGAGACACCUCCAGGCCGCUCGGAGAAGACGAUGACCUCAUUGAGCUGCUCUGGUGCAACGGCCAUGUCGUCAUGCAGAGCCAGACCCACCGGAAGGUGCCGCCGAGGCCCGAGAAGCAGGCUGCGGUGGUGGCGCCUGCGCCACCAGCUCCCGCGUCGGUGCCGCAGGAAGACGAGGGCGGCCUAUGGUUCCCCUUCGCGCUGGCCGACUCGCUCGACAAGGACAUCUUCUCCGAGUUCUUCUACGAGGCACCGGCACCGGCAGCGGUGGCUGCGGCGGCGGCACCGGUGGCGCCGGUGGCCUCUGGUGGCGUUGGCACCGAAACCGACGCCGGCAAGUCGUGCAGGGACGACGUUCCAGCGGGGGCCGACAGGCGCGGGGCGUGCCCGGUGGUGUCCGAGGACCCGUGCGACCUGAUGCCACCGCCCAAGUCGACGCCCGCGUCCUGCUCCAGGCAGCAGACCAUGAGCCUGCCCAACGGCGGCGGCGACAAUGCCGGCGACCUCUCGGACCUCGUCGUCCGGGCGGGGAGCGCGGGGAAGUCGGCUGCGGCGGCGGCGGCGGUGGCGGAGGCCGGCGCGUCGUCGAUGUUGAGCGCGAUCGGGUCGAGCAUCUGCGGGAGCAACCAGGUGCUGGUGCAGCGCGCGGUGGGCGCGCCGGGUCGCGCGUCGGGCUCCGGCUCCGGCACCGCGAACGCGAACGCCAUGGGCGGCGGCAGGGGCAACGAGGCGUCCUCGUCGGGCCGGUCCACCUACUGCUUCGGCACCGCCACCACCACGACGACGACGACGACGACGACUGAGCCGACGAGCACCAGCAACCGGAGCAGCAAGCGCAAGCGGCUCGACACCGAGGACUCGGAGAGCCCCAGCGAGGACGCGGAGUCGGAGUCCGCCGCCAUGUUGGCGCGCAAGCCGCCGCAGAAGAUGACGACGGCGCGGAGGAGCCGCGCCGCCGAAGUGCACAACCUCUCGGAGAGGAGGAGACGGGACAGGAUAAACGAGAAGAUGAGAGCCCUGCAAGAGCUCAUACCUCACUGCAACAAGACGGACAAGGCGUCAAUGCUUGACGAGGCGAUCGAGUACCUCAAGUCGCUGCAGCUGCAAGUGCAGGCAACAUGCAUCCAGAUGAUGUGGAUGGGCAGCGGCAUCGCGGCGCCGCCGGCGGUGAUGUUCCCGGGCGUGCACCAGUACCUGUCGCGGAUGGGCGUCGGGAUGGGCCCGGCGGCGGCGAUGCCGUCCAUGCCGCGGCUGCCGUUCAUGGCCGCCCCGCAGCCGGUGGUGCCGCCCAACGCGCAGGUGAACCCGGUGCCGGGCUACCGAGGCCACCACCACAUGCCGGCGGCGGUGGGCAUGGCGGAGCCGUACGGGCACUACCUCGGCGUCAACCACCUGCAGCCGCCGCCGUCGCAGCACUACGCGCAGGGCGUGGGCUACUACCCGCCGCCGCUGGGGGCGAAGGCCGUGCAACAGCAGGCUCCAGAGCUUCAUCACGUGCCAGGCCCCGGUGCCAGCAUGCCGGCCGGCGCCGGCGCCGCCGCGCCCGGAGUGCUGCUCCCAGAGAGCGCGCCAAGCAGAGGACCAGGUACGGAUACGAUGCCAUGCGCUCUGCUCUUCUCCUCAUCUUCUGCUUCUGGGAUGGAUCACAGGCUCGCAACAACAAAGGGUGACUAACCAAAAAGGACAAAUCACAUGGCUGGGCUGAUGUUUAAUUAAUUUGACAAGUAUGAAAGAAAAAAAAUAGACUGCACAGAAGGAAAAGCUGAUGAAAUAACAGGGGGCAUUUUCUUUAGCAGCCCUAUUUUGGGAUCUGUGCGGAAAUUUAGCAAGGGAUUGAUCUCUUAACAGAUUGUACUUAGCAUGAUUUUUUUUAGUUGGAACCAUGCUAACUAUAGUCUUUAGUUUAUCUUCUCAAUUCUUGGGUUGAGAUGGGUACACGUAGCUGAGACGGCUAAAGAGCCGGUGCUUCUGUUUUGCUGUCUCUGCUAGAUUCAAAGCAAAUGAGAAGUUCAUGAGCUUAUUAUGAAAACACCAAAAGCAACUGUAAUUGUUGGUGUUUUAUGAGUUGUGCAGUUACCAUUGUAUAUAAUAGAAGCGCUCAAAGAGCAAAUAUUUUUGUUCUUGUGCUACUGAGAAAGUUUUUUUCCCUUUACUGCUGAUCCGGCUUGUAUUUACUA